AUAUCCAGAUUAGGAUAGGAAGAAAUCUCUCUCAGAAAAUCUCGCCAUAUGAAACUUUGCGAAAGUGACAGACAAGGGAGAGAAGAAGAGAACGUACUUCUCUUUCUCUCUCUAUAAUUGUCUUUCCUCCGAUCUCCCUCUAUAAGUAAUUAUUUAGAGCGGUUUUUGUGCAAUUUUCUUCUUCUUUCUGGUGUUGGCGGUUCCUAUUAUUUCUCCUAAUCGAUUUCUGCUGCCCUUCCCAUUUCUGGUUCCCUUACCCACUUGCACUCCAUCUUUCUCUACAAAAUCCCAUCUCUCUUUCCAAAUUCUACUAUCUACCCAUUUUGUUUUGUCUUGCUUUCCUUGAGCAUGGUAUUUUUAUGCCAGCAUUGAACUUUCUUCUCUGUUCUGAACAAUUUUUUGUUGUAGCUUUGUUUUUCCCAUUUCUAUUGGUUUUGCUUCCAUCUCUAUCAAUCAAAGCUUGAUCUGGACAGGAACUGCUGUUUUGAGUGCUCCAGUGAAGAUUUUAAGCUCAAUUUUUUGUUGUAUUUGCUGAAAAUUUUGGGAUUUGGAUGAACUUGCUGGGCAACAAUCUUGGAAUAAAUGCCUUUUUGAUUUCGUAUCUUGAAGGGGAUUUUGUUUUUGAAGGAGAUAUUGCAUGUUAAAUAUUUGGAAAGUAUAGGGUGAAUUUGGUUGAUUGAUACCAUCAUUGGCCUGUAACUUCAAAAGUACAUUUCUGAUUCUUAAUCAAUCAGUUCUUACGGAUCCCUCUUCUGAAAAUAGUGGGUGCUAUUGUCUGGCUGGUCUGGAGUGCUUAUUAGAUAUUAUCAGGGCCCUCAGGAUGGGGUCCUGCUUGUCUGCAGAAAGUAGGAGCCCUCGUCCUGGAACGCCUUCCUCUCCUGCUUUUGGGAUCAAGAAGAGGAAGAACUCGAAGAAGCGACCAGGGUCACGGAAUUCUUCUUUUGACUAUAGGAGGGAAGAGCCGCUUCAUAGGAUUCCAGGGAGGUUGUUCUUAAAUGGGUCGAGCAAUAUUGCUUCACUGUUUACCCAACAAGGCAAGAAAGGGACCAAUCAGGAUGCCAUGAUUGUUUGGGAGAACUUUGGAUUGAGGACAGAUACAGUAUUUUGUGGAGUUUUUGAUGGCCAUGGUCCUUACGGUCAUAUGGUUGCUAAAAGAGUGAGGGAUCACCUUCCCCUGAAACUAAGUGCUCACUUGGAAGUCAAUAAAACCAGUGAAGAUGUUCUCAAAGAGAUUAGCCUUAGUACUACCGGAAGCAUGAACUCUGAAGACACUGCAUUUAUAUCUGCUGAUGAAGAAUCUAGGGCCUCUGUUGAUCUUGAGGAAACUGAAAAGCAUCCAGAGAUUUUUCAGACACUGAAAGAGUCAUUUCUCAAGGCUUUCAAAAUCAUGGACAGGGAACUGAGACUACAUGCAAAUAUUGAUUGCUUUUGCAGCGGUACAACAGCAGUUACAUUGGUCAAGAAGGGUCAAUAUCUUGUCAUUGGUAAUGUUGGGGACUCCAGGGCUGUACUGGGUACAAGGGACAAGGACGACUCUCUUGUUGCAGUUCAGUUGACUGUUGAUCUUAAACCAAAUCUUCCAGCGGAAGCGGAAAGAAUACGGAAGUGUAAAGGGCGUGUUUUUGCUCUUCAGGAUGAACCUGAGGUAGCUAGGGUCUGGCUACCAAACAAUGACUCUCCUGGCCUUGCCAUGGCACGAGCGUUUGGUGAUUUUUGCUUGAAGGAUUUUGGCCUUAUCUCUGUGCCCGAUAUAUCCUGCCAGCGCCUAACUGAUAAGGAUGAGUUUAUAGUUUUGGCAACUGAUGGGAUUUGGGAUGUUCUCUCAAAUAAAGAAGUGGUAGACAUUGUAUCUUCAGCCCCAUCACGUUCCUCUGCAGCAAGAGCCUUGGUUGAGUCAGCAGUUCGAGCAUGGAGAUACAAGUAUCCAACCUCCAAAGUUGAUGAUUGUGCUGUAGUUUGCCUAUUCCUUGACACUAACAAUUUAUCAACUGCAUCCAACACUACAAAAGAGCAGCCUACUUCAGUGGAUCAAACUGACCUUGACAGUCAGAAAGAGGAUGAUCCCUCUGGUGCAACUGGACUGGGCCGUUCAGGUACCGUGCGGAGUGGGAAAGAGGUACUCUUAGAUGGAAGUGCAGAUGAGGAUUCCUCAAAGCAAGAUGAAAUGCAAUUAGAAUCUGGGAUAGAGUGGUCUGCCCUAGAAGGAGUUUCUCGCGUCAACACCCUGUUAAAUUUGCCAAGGUUUGUACCUGGAAAGGAGGAUAAGAAGGCUGCCAGAGAGACAAAGACUCGGAAAUGACAAAAGAAAGGUUUUGUUAACCUGAACAUUCUUAAUUAAUUUCUAUUCUUUCUUUUUCCUUAUUUCUGUAUUGGUUUUUUUCGUUUUUCUUGACAGAAGGGGGGAAAAAUAUUUGUAGGGCCAUUAAAUGAUAAAUUUGGACAGGAGAGGUGGGCCCGGCUAGAUUAGUGUCUGGGAAAUCAUCCUCUCUCUCUCUAGUGUGGGUAGAAUUGGAAUUUUUGUAAAUCCAACUCUCCAUCUAUUUUCUUUCUUUUUAAUUUUGGUUUUCUAAAUGCAAAGUGUGAUGUGUAGUUUUUUUUAUCCAUGUUGAUAAUAAUUUUGUGAAAAUGAAGCAUCAUCCUUCAAGUUUCAA